CUGCGAGUCGGUACGCGAUCGCACACAGCAGUCAUGGCUCUGUCGCGGUACCUUUUCCUGGCGUUAGUCGUGGCGGCAUCGACGGUUGCUCCUGCACCCGGAAAGUCUGCAUCCAGGAAGCAUGCCGGGAAUAGUCAACCAAAGCUCUGGGCUCUACUCGUGGCUGGUUCGAAUGAAUAUAGCAACUACCGGCACCAAGCCGACAUUUGCCACGCGUAUCACGUUCUGCGAAACCAUGGCAUUCCUGACGAACGUAUCGUGGUCAUGAUGUACGAUGACAUCGCCAAUGCUACGGAAAACCCAACGCCUGGUAUUGUCAUCAAUCAUCCCAAGGGAAAAGAUGUUUACGAGGGAGUCCCCAAGGACUACACUGGAGACCUCGUCACUCCGCAAAAUUUCCUGGACAUACUUCAAGGAAAGAAGGUGAAAGGCGGCAGCGGAAAAGUUAUAGCCAGCGGGCCAAACGACCAUAUAUUUGUCAACUUCGCUGACCACGGAGCUCCUGGUAUUAUUGCAUUUCCCAACGACGAGCUGCACGCCCGUCCAUUCGUUAAUGUCAUCAAGAGCAUGCACAAACAGAAGAAGUUCGCGAAGAUGGUGAUCUACAUCGAGGCCUGUGAGUCCGGUUCUAUGUUCGACGGCCUGCUUCCGAACAACAUGAACGUGUACGCCACUACCGCGGCCAAUCCUGACGAGUCUUCAUACGCUUGCUACUGGGACGACAAGAGGCAGACGUACUUGGGCGACCUAUACAGCGUCAAUUGGAUGGAAGACUCGGACAAGGAAGACCUGCACAAGGAGACACUCAUCGAUCAGUUCAAGAUAGUGAAAGAAGAAACCAACACUAGCCAUGUCAUGGAGUACGGUGACCUGAACAUCGGAAAGCUUCCGGUCGGUGAGUUUCAGGGCGAAAAGGAUGCGAAGCCAAUCGUCCUACCAAAAGUACCACAUGACGCCGUCUCCAGCCGCGACGUCCCCAUAGCUGUUCUAAGAAAGAAGCUCGCGAAGGCCUCCGAUGCUCAAACUAAGCGGUCAUUGAAGCACAAACUACAGCAAGCUCUUCGCAACAGGUUCUUCUUGAAGGAGAAAGUCGCCGAGAUUGCCUCGUUCCUCGCUCAAGGAAACGAGGACAGCACCGAAUCGGUCCUGCGUGCGAAGCGGCAGCUAACCAAAUUUGAUUGUUACGAGCAGACGGUACGGUAUUUCAAUGACCGGUGCUUCAAGCUCGCGAAGAACCCAUACGCCCUCAAGCACCUGCGCGUUUUCGUGAACGUGUGUGAGUCGGCAUACAAACUUUCGGAGAUCUUCGAAGCCAUGGACUUGACAUGCACCCACCCGACUGUUGUAGGUAUUGUGUAGUCAGUAGUCUGCGCAAGAAAUUAAAGAUUAAUGUGGUUCAGCAUUUUUUUCUGAAUUAGGUACACAAAAAAGGCACCAAAACAAAUGGCAAUAAAUGCGAUUUUGUUAUUAAUUUUUA